AUGUAUUGCUCGGAAAUUGCACGUUGGACUCCGGUUCAACUGAGCUGGAUAUAUGGACUUUUGGAGGAAUAUUACAAGAUACAUUUUGCUGUCCUCUUCAAACAAUUUAUGGUUCCCAAAAUCACCCAGCCCAAACGAGAAGAUCUUGCAAGAAACGUUGUCAACUUCUCAAAAGCUCAACAGGAAGGAUUUAUCUCGGCAUGGCUUGAGAUCUUUGGCGGCACCGAUAGCAAGGCAGCUCUGGGGCAUCUCAAGGGCUGUCAGCAGCAUUACCAAGCAUCAAUUACUCGUGUCAAACGGAAUCGGUCAGUUAUCAGGGCCGAUGAGGUGCAAUCUUUUGAAAAGUUGUGUGAAGGAUUGUUGCUGCUUCCUGUUGAGGGUGGUGCCACUCAUGAAGAAAAGGUUGACGAGAUUCGACGGAGGUUUCCAAAGACCAAGCGGUGGCUAGACUGGUGGACUGCAGCUGACGUAGAAGCAAUGCUCUUUCCUGGCCGAGGUGAAUCAAGACCAGACGGUAGGAGCACUUGUGAUGGACUUCCUGCAACGACCAAUGCACAGGAAAGAAAGAAGUCCCUCUACUAUGGGAUGGCCGAGCUCUUUGCCUUCGUGAAGGCGCUUGAGAGGGAUUGGAAUCUGGUCUUGCGUGGGAUACUGAUAGCAUAUGGAUCACAGCCUUCAAAAAUGAAAGAUGUCGCACAUUCACUUGGAUGGAUCAAGCCAACUAAGCGACAGAAAGCGGCUUCAAACGAUGGCAGGCCUCCAGAUACCACCGAUGCCCUCCUGUCAGAAAGUGAACGACCUAGGAAAGAUAAGAAAUUGGGGCGCCCAGUCAACUCACCCAACAUCAAUAGGAAUCCAGUGUCAACGUUCCCCACUUAUCUGGCUUCCAAAGAAGAUAAAUAUAAGAAUCGCUGCUGGUUGGCAGCUGCGCUCGAGUCUCUAUAUGCGGUCUACAGCCCCCUUUGGCUUCAAGAAGCUGGCGGCAAGAAAACCGAUCUUUUUUUUGAAUUGGUCGCACAUUUCUCCAGGCGUACCACUUUUGAGCUCAUCAAGCCACAAUCAAUUCGUUAUACUCUCACCAGCGGGUCAAAUAAGAUCUACCUGGCAGCACAGGAAAUGUCUCCUCAGAGUUUUCUCGAUGGUGAAUUUGCCUCUUGUGAUAUGUUCAUGCAGAUGGUAUUAGAUCCAUCUAAAAACAAGUCAAAGACCUUGCCAAAGCUAUUUCAGGUCAACGAGAUUCGCAACUACACUUGUCGUCAACAUCCAGGCUCUAAGGAACAACCCACCGUUAACCGUAACUUGACGGUGUUGCGAAUCACAAAGGAUAUGUUCGACAGCAACUGUAUCGCACCAGACAAUCCCCAAUCACUAUUGUCCCUAUGGACCGACCAUGGUCUUGAGCAGAUUUCUGGUUUAUAUUGCCGCACCCCUGACCGCAACACAGCCAAACACAAGCGAAAGGGAUCGUCCAGAUCUUCAAAGGACAUCGACAUCUUACCUUCAUCGGACAGCUAUCUGUGUAUGGCCUUCAUGGGUGGUGUCAACUGGCCAUUCAAGAUAGAAGUCUUUGGUUACCAGUAUACACUCAUUUCUUGCGGAUUUUGGGGAGGUAAUCAUUACUGGGGGAAGGUUUUGCGGAACGCCAACGGGAUGACAGGUGUGUGGUUGCACGAUGACCGGGCAAAUGGGGGGUAUGCCCGAUGUAUUGAUGAAGAGCCAGGGAAGAUUAGUGGGGCCCAAGACAAUACUAGCUGGGUUAUUUACUCUCGUCACUGGAUGCCAGACAAGAAGUUGCUUGUGGAUCAAGGUAUUGCCAAUAUUCGCCGGGACAACCCCCAGUUCACUAAGAGCAUGCCAUUUGACUACAUGCACACCAUAAUCCACUCAAAUUCCCACAUGGCCAUCCCUGUAUAUUCCGGAACACAACCGACACUUUCAAUCCCUGCCAUCGAGAUCACACAACCUCAAGACCUGGAAUCCCAAAGCGAACAGCCUCCUCUGCAGGGGCUAAAGAUCCGGAUACGAAAAUCCAAGCCGUCCAGUCCAACAGCCUCACCCAAUGGGUCUGUUGUCCCAGCACUGCCGUCAUCAGCCCCACCAGGACCCCCACUGUCAUCUUUAUCACCAACGUCUGCCACGCCGGCUUCGUCAGCCCCGCCGAUUGUCCCCGCAAAACUGGGUGGCUCUCAGCUGCAUACAGCAUCCGCACCGACUUCCAAGAGGUCAAAGAAACCUACGGCCGCCAAGGGGAUAAAGCCCCCUGCACAACAAGCAACCAGCUCUCAGGAGGAAUUCAUACCAGCCCCCCUAACAGACGCCGACUGGGAUCGUAUGGUGGCAUUUAGUGCAGCACGCUGGAAGAAGAUAGAGGAGGAAGUCACUCUUCCUGGGCAUCAGCUCAAGGUGAUUUCCCCUGUGCCUUUGCAAGAGGAGGGUUCCAGGCCUGCCCCGGAACAGCCUCUGUAA